AUGUCCGCGAAAGAGCAUAAGAGUAAUAAUAGUGCGGAAGGUUCUCCAACGGUGUCGAAUGGUUGUGGUUCUUCCAAUGCGCACUUGCAAGAUAUAAAGGAAGAAGACGAUGGAGUCAAGGAAGAUUUAUUGUUGCCACCAUUACCAUGUAGCAUCGAAAAGAAUGAAAGCGAUCCAUUUGAUCUAUCCAAGGCCUUAGAAAUUCCCUGUAGUGUGACUUCGAGGGACAAUAACAGUGUUAGCGGUGGCAACAACGUUAACAAUGCCCACAGCGUCAAAGAAAAUUCAGAAGGGAAUAAUAUUAGUAGCGGUGGGAGCGGUGUGUCACUUUCAAGUCCAAGAAUAUCUUUGAAAAAGAAGUUUUCCAAUGCUCUUUUAAAUACAGGGGAAUCAUCACCGGUACCAUUUCCAAGUGAAUCAUCGUUUUCGGAAUUUGAUGCUGGAACGUUAGUUAGGCCUGUUAGUGAAUUUCGUUCUCAGAGUAGUUCAAAUGCGAAUUCGUUCCAGCACAUUUUGCCAACUUUGAAUAAAGCUAUUGAUGAUGGCAAUGCGGAUACAAGUAAUAGCAGUAGUAAUAAUACUACUAGUAGCGAAGCUCACCUAGCACAAUUUUUCGACAUUAGGAAACCAUCAAGAAAAUUCAGUACUAGCUCAUCUUCAAACAGUUCCCAUUCAGAUACUUCUGUCAGCGAAGAGUUCUUCCAAAAGAUUCCUUCGCCUAAAAUGAGUUUCAAAUCAAGAUCGAGGUCAAGAUCUAAUUCGAAUUCCAAUCUGAUUUCCACUUCUCUAUCACUGGAAGGUGGUGGUACUACACCAACAACGGUAAUGAACACACCAAAUUCGAGUUCAAACAAUAUUUAUGGGAGAGAUGUAGAAGCGAAAAGAACCCCAUUACUAAGAAGAGCUUCAAGUGCAAUACUGCGUAAAAAUUCAAGAAGAAAUGUAGUGGCUACAGGUCCUGGUGGUGUUAGUAUAGUGGGGAAUGGCACAAGCGGGAACAGUGCUUCAUCAACGCCAAUUCUACAGCAAUCAGCGUUUUUCGAAAUGGCAGAUCCUAUUCAGAGAACACCGCCUAGGGAUAGAAUUUUCUCUAAUUCUACUGAUGAUACUGAUUAUUGGCCAUCAGAGCGUUCGAUUUUACCAGAUGACGAUGAUAGUAUGAACUACGUGACAAAAUUGGGUAGAACCACGUCAAGAAAUCCUUCCAUUGGAUCUAAAGUUAAAAGAGGAUUCUCCAGAAUAAUGAGUAGCGGUGGUUCCAUGAGAAAAGCAGUUUCCUCCACUUCACUAAGAUCAGAUUAUAAAUUUGCGCAACAACAACAACAACAGCAGCAGCAUCAGCAUCAGCAGCAACAACAACAAUACCCACAACAACAAUACCCACAACAACAACAACAACAACAACAACAGCAACAACAGCAACAACAACGACAAUCGUUUGAAAAUAUUUUCAACAGGGGAGGAAGUAAUAUACCAAGAAACUCGCUGGCCGGGGUUCUUGAUUCAGGUGUCAAUAAUAUCAACAGUAGUUCAUCAGGAAAUGUUACACCAAUUUCUACAUCUACCAUAAUGUCACCUAAGAGUAAUCAUUGGCCAAGAAAUUCCCAAGGUCACCCAAAUCAAUUCAAUGAAACUCCACAACCUACUAUGGGUCUUGGAAUGGAAUGGAAAUCCACCGGCGAUUCCAUGCCGAAAGAAAAGACGAAUUACCUUAGUAACAGUCUCCAUCCAUCAGGAAGUCCGGAUUCUAUGAAGUCCGAUAUUACGGUUGAUUUAGAUAAGUUAACGAAAACAGUCCCUGUUAUUACAGUUACAGAUGAUUUGAGGACGGAGGGUUGUACACCGAUACAAAUUCAAUCCAACAUUUCAUUGGACGAGGUAUUUACAAGAAACGACGCAGGCGCCAGGUCAGGCAAUUUUAAAAAUGCCCAUAAUAAUAAUAGUAGUAGUGAUGAGUUUACGAAUACGAAUAUUAGUACUGAAAAACCGGAGAUGAUGAGUUUAACGGAUUAUAUCCGUGUGCUCGUGAAACAACAACAGGUUGAAGAUGAGAGAUUGGCUAUAAUAGAAAAAAACUUUAAGGAUUCAGGUUGGUGCUCCAAGGAUGAUUUAAAAAAUUUAAGACUCAAACGUGUUAUUAUUUCAAAGAAAUGGGCAGAGAGGAUUUCCCAUUACCAGAGUAGACUAGAUUCUUAG